CUCCUCCCCCAGACUUCUAACCCGGCCAGGGAGGCUGGUCCCGCCCCCGCUGAGGCGAGGCGGCGGAGGCGGAGGGCGGCAGGCGAGGCUGGCUGGAGAAGCGUCUGUCCCCAUUCGGGAAAACAGACGCGGCGGAGAAGGGCGCUUUCCCGAGCGAGUCCCGCCGCGGCCCUGACGGCGUUUCCGGCCGUGUAGAGAAUUCAGAGAUCUAUACUAGAUUGAGAAACAAAUUACAACUUUCUGACUGGGCAAAAUGCUGGAAGAAGAUUUGGAGGUGGCCAUCAAGGUGGUUGUGGUUGGAAAUGGAGCUGUUGGGAAAUCUAGUAUGAUCCAGAGAUAUUGCAAAGGAAUUUUUACAAAAGACUAUAAAAAAACAAUUGGAGUUGAUUUCUUGGAAAGAGAAAUGCAAGUCAAUGAUGAAGAUGUCCGGUUAAUGCUAUGGGAUACAGCAGGUCAAGAAGAAUUUGAUGCAAUUACUAAAGCUUAUUAUAGAGGAGCCCAGGCUUGUGUGCUUGUGUUUUCAACCGUUGAUAGGGAAUCUUUUGAAGCAAUUCCUACCUGGAGAGAGAAAGUUGUAUCUGAAGUCGGAGAAAUUCCCACAGUUCUUGUUCAGAAUAAGAUUGACCUCCUGGAUUAUUCUUAUAUAAAAAAUGAAGAAGCAGAGGCACUUGCAAAAAAACUAAAAUUAAGAUUUUACCGGGCAUCUGUAAAGGAAGACUUAAAUGUAACAGAAGUUUUUAGAUAUUUGGCUGAGAAGUACCUUCAAAAACUUAAGCAACGAAUAAUGGAAGAUCCAGAAGUUGUACACACAAGCAGUAACAGAAUUGGUGUUUUCAAUACGGCAGGUGGAAGUCAUUCUGGACAGAAUUCCAACUUGCUUAACGGAGGUGACGUCAUCAACCUUAGGCCAAACAAACAAAGGACCAAGAAAAGCCGAAGCCCUUUCAGCAGCUGCAGCAUACCCUAGAACUGCAAAUAAUGGUUUGACAGAGUUGUUUAACUGAAGUCCUUAAGGAACACAACUGGCUGUAGAGGUGUUUUUAUCAGUGCUUUAGCAGAGUUGCACACAAUGGACCUACACCGAUAGGGAAUACUGCUGUUUAAAUGAAUGACUCGUAAUGGCAAAUAGUGAGAUCCCAAGUGGGUCAGAAAUAAUACCAUUGACCAUGCAUUCAUUUGACAUUCAGUAAGACAACUUUCUAGUUGAAAGGAAUGAUGAAUUAAUAUAUACAGUAGGUUUCAUUUUAAACAAAAUUUGAGCUGAAAUGCUUAAAUAUCUCGUUCAUAAAAUAGUUUUUCUACUUGUUAGAUCCUGUGGCUCAGAGGCAGAGCCUUAAUACCCUGUUUCCCCCAAAAUAAAACAUCUCCUGAUAAGCCCAAUCGGGCUUUUGAGCACAUGGCAAUAAGUCCAAACGCUUUUUCAGGGUUCAAAAAAAUAUAAGACAGGGUCUUAUUUUCGGGGAAACAUGGUAAUGAAGCAAAAAUUAACAGUUUUUUAAACAGUCCAGUAUAAAUUUUGGCGAUGUUGGUGGUGCAUUAAUUGUAUGACUUAUGAAACUUCUGCAGUGUGUAUCUGCAGAAACAUCUUCAAAGAUUCAGGUAGCUAAACACAAAUUAGGUCUAAGUCGAAGGUUCUGGCAACAAAACAAGUUGUUUGACAACUUCAAACAUUUUUUUUUCUAAAGGUACUGGCACAUUUCAAUUUUCUCUAUACUGUGGGCCUUAACUUUUUUUAUUGUGUUGUGCCAAAAAGUAAUGUUUAUGCUGCUAUACAUCUUUAUUUUUGUCAAUUAUUAUCAGACACACAGUAUGUUCUAAAUUAUAACAGAACAAGUCAAUGAGAAAUGGUACAACCGAACAGAAUAUAGCAAGUUCCUUUUUUAAAAAAAUCCUCUAUUCAUUUACAUCCUUCAUACAUGAAAAAUACGAAGGGGUUUGUUAUCAAAAGAUUAAAGUGCAUCUUAUAUCUAAUGUGCAUUCCUAUUUAAGGCCCUUUUUCUUUUUCUGGUAUUAAAUGAUGUGCCUGUUUUGAUGACAUUGUGCGAAUGUAAAGUUCCUGUCUUAAUCUCUGUUUACCUAAUACUGAAUUCCACCAGAUGAAUGGGACUUGCUCCAAGUACACAUGCACAGAUCUCGCUGCUGUUCCAGUGAUGCUAAUGUACCUCCGUUUAAUAUAUUUAGGUUCAGGGUAUUUAAAAAAAUGAAAUCUUAUGUUACAAUAUUAUUCAGAAACCUUUAAUCUUAUUUUUCCCUGAUGAAGUAUGCCUCUACAAUGUUGUUUUCUGUUUACAAACUAUUCCUACAGUAUUUCUGUAACAAAACUUCUGCCAGCAGCCAAUUUCUCUUUCUAAGAAAUGUUGAAAUAUUAAUAGUUCAGGAAUAUAAUUACCGUAUAUUCAAGACCAGAGCUGGAACUCUGCCAGCCUGAUUACAUUCUUUUCCUAUAUGAAUAUUAUUUUACAUUUUAUGUCUGUAAACACUAAAACAUUAUACUUAGAGAUUUUACUUGUUCAAAAAUUUGUAUCUUGUAUUUUGAAACAGGGUUCUUAUGUCCUGUUAAUUUAAUUAUAAUCUAAAAAUAAUUACAUUUUUUUCAAUGAUUACUUGGCCUCUGUUUCGUACUGAACAAUGUACCAUUCCUCGUGCUUAAGUAACUAUUCUCAUUGUUGGCAAUGAGGUGGGAUACGAACAAUAACCCUUUUCAUUUUGAAAAAUCGGACCUGAUUUCUUCCUUUAAACAAGUCUAGCUAGUCACUAGGUGACUCUAUAUAUAUACGGGUCCAGAUUAUAUUGUGUUGCAUUAUGGGACAAGAACACAGACAUAUUCAAAGUUGUUCAUUGAUAAUAAAAAAAAAAUAUUGGUUUAAAUAACUAGGUUCUGCAUGCAUGCUAUUUUUAUAUUGAAAUUUUUACAUUAAAUGAUAGCCUUACACGUU